AUGGAAGCUGAUCUAUCCCACAAAAGGCACUGGAAAAGGAGUGCUUCUGGAAGGGAAAGGAUGGUACGACAGAGCGGAUGGGCUCGCACGGCGCUCUCUGUUGUUAAUUUUAGUCAGAAGACUGGUUUUGGCCCGAACCGACUCUAUCGGAAAGGACUUCACUUCGUCGGGACCGAACCGGACACUUUAAAGUAUCAUUUGCUUCAAAACAAGAAGCCUAGUGAACCGUAUGGGCUUCAGGGCGUUAACCACCUUUUACCAGGAAAAGGUAAAAUCCAUUCCAGAUUACCUGUUAAGGUUCACAUGAAAAAGGACAAAGUAUACGCAUGGUGUUCAUGUGGGUACAGCGGAAAUCAGCCUCUUUGCGACGGAUCCCACAACUCUAUCCUAGUACCAAAUUUGAAAUUGAAACCAGUGCGAUUCAUUCCUGAUGAAGACAUUACUGUUUGGCUGUGCGAUUGUAAACAAACAAACAAUCGACCGUUCUGUGAUGGAUCCCAUAAGAAAAUCGUAGAUAAAAGUAAAACCGAUGGACUUUUUGAUUGA